AUGGGUCUAUCGAAAUUUCUAAAAGUGUCGUUCAAGAUUUCACCCGCACCUUCGUCGGCAGCAGAGGUCAAUUAUCUACAUAAGCUGCUCUCAAAGAUUGCACCGAUCGCCCAAUUCAAUUACCGAGCAACAAAUGAGGGGAAAUAUUCCAUGAGAUACCCUAAUCUAAUAGGAGUGCUAUACGAAACAGAUUCAGACGCCACCACCGAAGUGGUUGGGAAACUCAAUAAAAUUUCCGGGUUGCCUAGGUUGAGCCAUUACAAUAAACUUUUCCAGGAGGAUGGAUUGGCCGAGUAUCAAUUCGACGAAAGUCUAGAAACCAUCACCAAGUACCGUCCGAUAUAUUUCAAAAAAUACAACCAAUCCCUAAAAUGGCCAUUCCAUGAGAACUUCAGUAUUGCUUGCUCCAUAAAAGGUUUCAAGGAGAUGGAAGCAAUAAAUAAACCAAAAUCAGAACAGAAAUUAAUCAAAUCUCGACUCAAUGUGGAGACGCAAGGGUUUUUUGAAAGGAGGUACAAAAUCGAGCCUUAA